GUUAUGGAGACUGGAAUUCCGGGACGAACAGAGGCAAGUUACGAGGGAUACGGUUACGGCUAUGGAUACGGCCAGGAUAAUUCGGGCAAUUAUGGAUACGGCAUGGCCGCCUCCAGCUCCUGGGAAAUGGGCAAUUCCGACGUUGACAUGAACCCUGACGGUUCGGGCGGCGGCAACGCCGACGCCGUCAUCACGAAAAUGAACCAGCGUUUAGACAUGGUAUCGCACAUGGAUACGGACACGAUGCAAGGAGGACACUACGGAUCUGGAGGAGACAGGUACGACUCCUACGAAUCCUACGACUCGAGGUCUUCGAUGAACGACCGCGACAUGUACCGAUCCGGCUACGAUUACAACGAGUCCGAACACGACAACGAUAACGCCUAUGAAGGUCACUACGAUAAUUUCUACGGGAAUCGCCGGGAUCAAUACCAGAACAGAGCACGGGACAACUUUGGUCAACGGGGUCAGAAUUGGGGUAGAGACGGACGCAAUAACAGACCCAUGGCCUCUUCCUAUCCCGGGCGCAUGGGCGGACAGUGGAACGAACCUCCGCAAUCGAUGGGAUCGCGAGGUCUCGGUCCCCACGGCUCCUCCAGGCUUCCUUCCCUCUUCUCCCACAACAUUAUCCCAGAACUCAGCAUGUUCCAAGGAAUGCGAGGUUUCUCGGGAAAUAUGCGUUACGGAGGAGGAAUGAUGAAACAACGAAUGAGGAGAAACUGGAAAAUGUGGGACUCGGAUUUUAAACCCCAGAAAAAGAAAAUCAAAAAAGAUCCCACCGCGAAGAAGCGGAAGCAAACAAACAGCUCCGAUGAACCCGACAGCAAGGCAGCAAAGACGGACGGCUCCGAUAACUCCGACUCGGACAACGAGGAGGGAACGGAAGGAGAAUCGGGAGAAAAAGAGGAGAAAGAGGGCUCCAGAGGUGAAGGAGAAGAUGAAGAAGGAAAAGAUUCGGAGAAAGGUGCUUUAACAAUUCAAGAAGAGAUCAGUCAAAUCAAACGCAAAUUGCAGGCGGGCAAGAAAACUCAAGAAAGGCAAAAGAAGAGGCAUCGGGAUCGCAUGGUAGAAAGGAUCCAGUUUGUUUGUUCGUUAUGCAAAUAUCGGACCUUCUACGAUGACGAGAUGAACAAUCACCUGGAGAGUAAAUUCCAUAAGGAACACUUCAAGUUUGUUGGAACCAAGUUGCCUCAACAAACGGCUGAUUUUCUCCAG